AUGCAGUCAGUCGAACGACUUGGUACUUUGAGCAGUUUAGGCCACCAAUCACAGAGAACCCGUCGUACCCGCGCAUCUGCCCCCAAAGCAUUCGUUGAAGAUGCGAUGCGGUAUUGUGCAAGACGACUGCAGGGCGACGAUUUGCAAAUGGGGAGCCAAUUUUUUAGCGCGAAGUCAACUCAUGCCAAGCGACAAACAAGCACCGGGGCCGGUUCCUCGGAGCAUUGGGGCUUGGAUGAUCACUGGAUCGAGCGUAAGAUCCUCCGCCCGGCCGACAAAGCCGCAUUUGGCACACGGCAGGAUCUGAACACAAGGCUGGUUGGAUCGGAAAGAAUGGAAGUUACAUUUGUUGUGCACUGCUGGAAGCUAGAAAGCACAAGUGCCACGGAUGAUUCCAUAGCACAUGAUGAUGAUGUUGCUGUUGAUGGUAACGGGCAGCGCAGCCCGUCCGGCGCGCGCGCGCGCGUGCGGCCAGAAGAGAAUGAAGUAUUGUACAGAUUUGUACAAUUGCCCCAAACGAGACGUUCCACAAAGCAGGGCCCCUAA